AAGUGAAAAUAGAGAAAAUCCAACUGGACUAAGCGAAAACAAAUGAGUUUCAUUUCACAAUACCAUACCGGUCCUGUGACAGCCUUAUCAUGCCUUGCUGACCAUUUGCUGACAGGAAUAGGCAGCAAUGUCUGGGUUUACAAUAUCAGUGAUGGAAAGGUACUUCAGACUCUGUCAGUGCUUCCAGCAGGUGUUGUUCAUGGAUUCCGGCCUGCCCGUUGUGAGAGCAGAGUGUGUGUGUAUGGUCAGAAAACACUGAGAUUGCUGAAUGUCCUUCCAUCCAGCGGACAUCUUCAAUGUGCCGGUCCUAAGCUGGAGCUACCUGACUGGAUAUGGGAUGCAGCUUGGAUACAGGGAGCUAACCAGAUGUGUUUGGCACUGGGACAUAAUGUCGUUGUCACCGUGGAUAUACAGACUCUGCAAGUGAUCAGCUCCGUCCAUUGUACAGAGAAAUGUAUACUUUACUGUGGUAGGUUUCUGUCCACAUACCAGGACUGCGUAGUUCUGGCAGCUGGCACAGUGUUUAACCAGGUCGUGUUAUGGAGUCCCCAGGUUGCCAUGGUAGCGGGAGAUAACAGGGCAGAGCCUUUCCAUAGACUGACUGGUCAUCAGGGUGUGAUAUUCAAUGUUUGUUACCGUGGUGACCUGGGUUUUAUCUGCUCUGUGUCUGAUGACCGCAGUGUACGUCUGUACCGGGUACAGUUCUCCAGUCCCCUAUGUGAUAGGUGUGGGGGCGGGGCCUCCCCCUGUGUACAUGACUGGGUAUCCAUGGAGACUCAGUUGCAGCACGCUCUAUACGGACACUCUGCUCGUGUCUGGGACGCCAGGCUCCUCUCCAGCUGUCUUGUCACCAUAGGAGAGGACUCUACAUGCUGUAUUUGGUCUUAUGAAGGCCGGAUGAUACACAAGUUCAAAGGUCACAAGGGAAAGAGUAUAUGGAGUGUGUGCAUUGACAAGGGAGAGAAGUUGGUGUUUACUAGUGGGGGAGACCACUCUGUGAGGGCCUGGAGCCUGCAGGCAGCUCAGGCAGCAGUCAAACAGACAGAGACCAGCACCCUGGACCUGCAGCUCGAUGCAGAUGAAUCUCCCAGGGAUACCAAACUGCUCAGUGUUCACAGGAUACUGGUGAUCACAAACAAGGGGCGCCUAGUCCUCUAUGACAAAUCACGGCACUCCAGGCAGGUGGUCAUGUGGGACCAGGCGUUCUCCUCCUACGCAGAGAUGAGCCUCUCACAUAGUAGACACCUCGUUGCCAUUGGCAACUUACAGGGGACACUCCGAAUCUUUGGAAACUUUGAUGGUGAUCCAGAAGUGCUUGUAGAAGCUGAGAUCUGUGCGGGGAAGGUGUUCAGCAUCCACUGGCUGGACAACAGCACUAUCCUGACUUCCGGCCCAGCUGGAGCAGUGACUGUGUGGAGCAUCCUUGAUGGUACCCUUGAGAAGAUAGCCACAGCUGAGCUACCCAGCAGCAAGCAGAGGUUUGUGUCUGCAGCCGCGCUGCUUUUCCAUGGCAACCAGAAUAGCAACCAGUACCUGCUGUGUGGAGACAAGAUUGGCACUUUAUACUUGUACCGGUUGCACGACCAGGAAGGUGUUCUUGUGCAAACGUUUCCCAAGUGUCAUGGGAAGGUAGGUGUGACCCAUGUCAGUUGUCACGGAGACCGGGUGUACUCUGCAGGCAGGGACGGCACUUACAGGCUGUACGAGUGGUCUGAUAGCGGCCAGCUGAACAUCCUGCACAGUCACAGGGUGUGCAAAGGCCUUGAGUGGAUAGAAAGGCUUGUGGUGCCUGAAGAAGGGCCUGACAAUAUCCAAGUGCAGGGAUUCUACUCGAACUUGUUUGUUGUGUGGAGUGUUCUACAGAACCAGAAGCUCCUGGAGGUCCCGUGUGGCGGGGGACACAGGGCCUGGGACUACUGUUGCCAUGGUGACACAGCCACCUUCGUGCAUGUGAAGGCCAGGGAGGUCAAGGUCACAUCCAUAGCAACUAGGCCCAGUCAGGUGCUAAUCAAGGAAGCAUUGCACGGGAGGGAACUUCAUGAUGCUAGAUUUGUGUCCUCUAUGUAUGACAGUAAAGGUAAGUUACACGGGAGGGAACUACAUGAUGCUAGAUUUGUGUCCUCUAUGUAUGACAGUAAAGGUAAGUUACACGGGAGGGUAGUACAUGAUGCUAGAUUUGUGUCCUCUAUGUAUGACAGUAAAGGUAAGUUACACGGGAGGGAAGUACAUGAUGCUAGAUUUGUGUCCUCUAUGUAUGACAGUAAAGGCCGGCCCGUCCAUGCGGUAGCGACCUGCAGUGAGGAUACUGAUGUCUGUCUGGCACUCUUGUAUUGUAUCCUUGCCCCCAGAUGUCUGUCUGGCACUCUUGUAUUGUAUCCUUGCCCCCAGAUGUCUGUCUGGCACUCUUGUAUUGUAUCCUUGCCCCCAGAUGUCUGUCUGGCACUCUUGUAUUAUGAGGACUGUGUAACCCAGCUGAAGGUGUGUCACAAACUGACCAGCCACAUCUCCAGUGUGCAGUGCCUGGCAGUGUGUGACUCGGGGAAAGUCACAGGCAGGGCACCAGCUGACAUGAAGUUGAUCUUCAGUGGAGGAGGGAGGGCCCAGCUCAAAGUAUGCAGAGUGCAAUUGGGUGGGAACAAGCACAACCCGUCUUCAGUCUGUAGGAAUCAGACUGACCCUCAACUGUUAGAUAUUGGCACAGACGUUCAUUCUAUUGUUGAGUGUAAAAAAGCUUCAGAAGAGUUACGUAGUGCUGCUGUGGGUGAAGUUCAGGGUGGCCCAGCAUGUGACCAGAAAGGAGACUGUGAUACAUGGAGACUUGCAGUGGACGCUGGGAAGAGUCAGCAGUGUCCAGUCACCUAUGAGAGCUUAUGUGGCCUUCACCUGAACAAUCUGACAAGGAGGGCCAAAAAACCAUGGCGAUACCCAGUAGAGAACUCUGACCCAGAAACCAGACUUAUGGACCUCUGUGUGGUGACCUUGCAAGGGUCAAGGGCAUUGUUUAUUGUCUGUGCUGCGUGUUCUGAUGGGAUUGUUAGGUUAAUAUUGUUUGAUGAAGAUGAAAAAGAAAUGUCAGUGAUAGCUACGUCCAUGUGUACAGAACAUUGCAUUCUUAAAAUUGUGCACCUGACAAUACCUUUUGUGCCAGUUGGGGACCAGGUAGGUAUGGGGAGAAGCCUGCAAAGGGAGGUGGUGUUGACUGCAGCCACUGACGGCAGGGUCACAUUCUGGGACAUCACAGAUGUAUGCCAUCUUGUAUGCAGGAGCAGAACUGUGGGUCGCAAUUGUGGAGAUGAGGAUGAGGAAAGUGAUACAUAUGAUGAUGAAGUGCAAACAGAAUCUUCUUGCGAAAGUCACAGACAUGAUGUCAACAGUGCACAUUCUAAACAUGUUUUUGAAGAAAAUAAACUCAAAGGAAAUAAUGUAGCUAAGGAUAUUUUGGAAGCGGACGUCAAUGCAGGAAAGGGAUUAGCAGGAGUGAAUGUUGGAGGUGACGUCUUGAGGAAGUGUUGUAGCAUUCAACUCCAUCAGUCUGGGAUCAACAGUCUGUAUGUUCAACACAUGGCAGAGAAUCGUUAUAUAGUGCUUACGGGUGGUGACGACAACGCCAUCAGAGUCACUGCAGUUUCCAUGGAUACUUCAGACACUGUCACAAGAGUACACACAGACAAACUGGGAGGACAUAUUAAUCCUCAUAGCGCACAAGUCACUGGUGUAUGUUUGUUAGACAAGGACCACGUCCUGAGUGCCUCUAUAGACCAGAGACUGUGCAUCUGGAAGAUGGUGCAGUCUGCAGACACUAUCGGGUUGCAGCUUGUGUGCGCUCAGUUGACCUCAGUGUCUGAUGUUGCCAAUAUCAGUACAUCGAUAGACAGUGAGACCACGCACGUGCUGGUCAGCGGCAUGGGGCUAGAACUGUUCAGACUGCAACGAGGUGACAUGAGCAAGGUCUCGACAACAGCAAAUGCUAGCAACAUUAUAUCCGAAUGAUAUGUAGUAGACGUUUUAAUAAAACUAGAAUUAAUUCAA